AUGCGCCGCCCGUGCCACCGCUGCUUCACCUGCUUGCGGCCCGCCAGGGAGGCACACGAGAACGGGUGGAGGGACGGGGAGGACAGGCGGGCAAGGGGAUGGACGGAUGGACGAUGUGGGCUGUCCUGCUCACGGCAUGGCGGCACACGGCAUGGCGGCACACGGCAUGGCGGCACACUGCAUGGCGGCACACGGCAUGGCGGCACACUGCAUGGCGGCACACUGCAUGGCGGCACACUGCAUGGCGGCACACUGCAUGGCGGCACACUGCAUGGCGGCACACUGCAUGGCGGCACACUGCAUGGCGGCACACUGCAUGGCGGCACACUGCAUGGCGGCACACUGCAUGGCGGCACACUGCAUGGCGGCACACUGCAUGGCAACACACUGCAUGGUGGCACACUGCAUGGCGGCACACUGCAUGGCGGCACACUGCAUGGCGGCACACUGCAUGGCGGCACACUGCAUGGCGGCACACUGCAUGGCGGCACACUGCAUGGCGGCACACUGCAUGGCGGCACACUGCAUGGCGGCACACUGCAUGGCGGCACACUGCAUGGCGGCACACUGCAUGGCGGCACACUGCAUGGCGGCACACUGCAUGGGGGCACACUGCAUGGCGGCACACUGCAUGGCGGCACACUGCAUGGCGGCACACUGCAUGGCGGCACACUGCAUGGCGGCACACUGCAUGGCGGCACACUGCAUGGCGGCACACUGCAUGGCGGCACACUGCAUGGCGGCACACUGCAUGGCGGCACACUGCAUGGCGGCACACUUCAUGGCGGCACACUGCAUGGCGGCACACUGCAUGGCAACACACUGCAUGGCGGCACACUGCAUGGCGGCACACUGCAUGGCGGCACACUGCAUGGGGGCACACUGCAUGGCAGCACACUGCAUGGCGGCACACUGCAUGGCGGCACACUGCAUGGCGGCACACUGCAUGGCGGCACACUGCAUGGCGGCACACUGCAUGGCGGCACACUGCAUGGCGGCACACUGCAUGGCGGCACACUGCAUGGCGGCACACUGCAUGGCGGCACACUGCAUGGCGGCACACUGCAUGGCGGCACACUGCAUGGCGGCACACUGCAUGCGUAG